AUGCAGAUUCAUCGAUGGUUCAUGGGCCAGACCUGCUACAACGACCACGUGAGGCAACCGUCGUCAAUUACAUGGGAGAAUCUACCGACCACGGGCUUUUUUGAUGGAAAAUCCAAGAUCGCCUUUUACACGAAGGAAGAUUGCAAGGGCAUUGUGCGAGCCUGGUUCACCACCGAGAAGGACUUCCCCACGAAUCUUACAAUCGACGGGAUCAAUGACAGCAUCCAGUCUUUCAUGGUGUGGCAGCUGAACAAGAAUCCGCGAAAAUACGAUCAUCCGAACGAGUAG